AUGUCUGUCUUCAAUAGUUCUACCCUAUACCCUCGCUUCUUCCUGACAGGCCUCUCGGGCCUUGAAAACAGAUAUGGCUUGAUUUCCCUCCCCAUCUUUUUGGUUUAUGCCACCUCAAUUGCUGGAAACAUUACUAUCCUCUUCAUUAUCAGAACCGAGUCUUCCCUUCACCAACCAAUGUACUACUUUCUAUCGAUGCUAGCACUCACUGACCUGGGCCUAUCUACCACUACCUUGCCUACUAUGUUCAGUGUCUUCUGGUUCCAUGCCCGGGAGAUCUCUUUCAAUGUUUGUCUGGUCCAGAUGUACUUCAUUCAUGUUUUUUCAAUUAUUGAAUCAGCUGUGUUGUUGGCCAUGGCCUUUGACCGCUAUGUAGCAAUUCGAGAACCCCUGCGCUAUGCAGCCAUUCUAACCAAUGGCGUAAUCUUUGGUAUUGGGCUGGCCAUUGCUGGAAGGGCCUUGGCUCUGGUCUUUCCAGCUUCCUUCCUCCUUAAGAGGCUUCAAUAUUGUGCUGUCAAUAUUCUCUCCUACCCCUUCUGCCUGCAUCAGGACCUCAUAAAAACAACUGUAUCCAGCCAUCGGGUGAGCAGCAUCUAUGGCCUCAUGGUGGUCGUCUGCUCCAUGGGACUUGAUUCAGUGCUUCUCCUUCUCUCCUAUCUCCUUAUCCUGUGCACAGUGUUGAGCAUAGCCUCCAAGGCAGAGAGAGUGAAAGCCCUCAAUACUUGUAUCUCCCACAUCUGUGCUGUACUCACUUUCUAUACACCAAUGAUCGGGCUGUCUAUGAUCCGUCGCUAUGGGCAGAAUGCUUCCCCAAUUGUCCACGUGCUCAUGGCCAACGUCUACUUGCUGGUUCCACCUCUUAUGAACCCUAUUGUCUACAGUGUCAAGACCAAGCAGAUUCGUGACAGAAUCCUCAAGAAAUUCAAGAAACAUAAAGUUUAG